AGGAGACGACACAACACCAAAGCGAGAAAAACCCAAUGUUUUUCCUUCAGUAAAGAAAUUCCUGCAUACAUACAUAUUCCGUCAUUUGUACUUGUUUGAUCUUAGGAAAGAGGAAUCGAGGAGGCAAGAUGUUUCUCUCUCGUCUCCUCCGUAUGGAGGUGCCACUGCCAAGGUUCACCAAAGAUCGCUUCUAUCGACGGUUCAACAUGAUGGAGGUGGAUCGCGCGUCGUUCUACUAUUGGAACCUCUUCAGCAUCGCCGUCACAACACUCCCUCUUGCCUAUAUGGCAACGGUGAACUAUCGAUUUUGCGAAGAAUCGGUGAUGAUCUCGGAGCGAAGCAGGGGUGGCCAGUUGCCUUCGGAUGUUGAUCGCGGUCUUUUCAACUCGGAGAAGCUUACACGAUAAACGUCGACUUCGAGGUAGUGAAUGGGUCUCUCCGGGUGCUGGAGCAAGACUGGUGUUGUGAUGUGCUUUGCAUGUGGAUUCCAGAACGUCAGUGAUGGGUCGCUAAACUUUCUAGGAGUUUCGUGUAAAUAUUCUCUUUUUUAGUUACAGGAGCUUAGGUUUGUGUGGCGCGGCACCCGCACAUCGCCUUCGGGGAAGGAGUGGCGACCUACCACGAUUUAUGGUCGAAGCUGUGUUGACGACGGGUUGUGCUCUGCCGGUGUCAUCAGUAACUGCCCAUAGUUCUACCGUGAGAACCCCGUCGUCUUCCCGGUGCAGCAUAUGAUUAUUGGCUGCCCUGUGUGUACGGUCGUUCCGUGUGACGUAUCAUGUGCAACCAUCCACCAUUUCCCGGCGUUCGAAAACUGCUUCCACCCGGGCAGCCCAGGAAUAAUUAAGCUAUUCUAUGCCGUA